AUGAAGAUUAUUCAAAGUAUAGCAUUUGAAUUAGAUGAAUUUGAAAAGACAAAGUUAAUUUUACGGAGAAACUUAAAAGCAUCUCUAAAUGAAUCACAAAAAAAGACAAGAAAACAUCAAUUAACGACAAAUGACUAUAUUAAAGAGGAGAACAGAAAUGAACAUACAAAUAAAGAAACUAACAUAAAUUAG